GGCGCAGUUGGCGUAGAGCGCUGGCAAGCCCAGCUAGCAGAGAAGUCUGGAACGAGCGCGGAGGCUGAAAUAAAAUAAAAGAGGAGGAGACAUUAACAUCGAAGAGGCUGGCACUUGGUGCUGAGAAGGAAACCAGCCAUGCCUCCCAGUGAGGUCUCUGGAGGAACUGGUUUUGGUCACCUCUGAACACCCUAGUUCCCGCAGGUCCGGGAAUUCCGAGUUUGUCUCCCCCCCCUCCCCUCCUCUUUCUACUUUAUUAUUAUUAUUUUUUUGCGUUUCCCCCUUUCCCUUGGAGAUGAACCAAAGACUCGCCUGGCUAAUUUUUCCCUACCUGGAAUCGUCUCUCUUCCUCCUCCUUCCCGGCGGCGCUCCGCGAUCCCUGACCCGACAGCCCCGAUCAGACCACCAAAGCAAGACGAGAAACCGUCGCUUUUUCCGUUUCAUCUGAGAUAAAAAAAAGUCUUUUUUUUUUUUUUGAGUUGGCAAAAGGCAAGGGGGAGAGGAAGAUUUCGUCAUCCCCUUUGCAAUUAAAAAAAAAGAAUUAAAAACCCAGCUCCGUAUUUAGAGAGCCUCGUCGGUUGCUUUUCCUUUCUCGUUUUUUUUUUUUUUUCCUGGCGUAUAUUAUUAUUAUUUUUAAAAGAAGAAGAAAACUCUCCGUUCCCCCUGGUUUGGAAAGUGCUCAUGGCUUUCUUGAUGAAGAAGAAGAAAUUUAAGUUCCAAAUCAGUUUUACCUUGGAGGAAUUGACGGCGGUGCCUUUCGUGAAUGGCGUGCUGUUCUGCAAAAUCCGUCUGUUGGACGGAGGCGACUUUGUCACCUUGUCUUCCAGGGAAGAAGUUCAAGAGAACUGCGUCCGUUGGCAGAAGAAAUUUACCUUCAUCUGCAAAAUGAGUGCGAAUCCUACCACGGGACUCCUGGACCCCUGCAUUUGCCGUGUCUCAGUCCGCAAAGAACUGAAAGGCGGAAAAGCCUAUUCCAAGCUGGGUUUCACCGACCUGAACUUAGCCGAAUUUGCAGGCUCGGGCCUGACUGCCCGGUGUUGCUUGUUGGAAGGAUACGACACCAAGAACACCAGGCAGGACAAUUCCAUUCUGAAGGUUACGAUUGGCAUGUCCCUCUUAUCCGGAGACCCUUGUUUCAAAACCCCACCCUCCACGGCCAAAUCCGUGGCCAUUCCAGGACAAGACUCCAGCCUGCAGCUCACCUGCAAAGGGGAGGGAACCAGCCGGACUGUAACUCCCAGCACCAACGCACCGUCUUCGAUCGGUUCCGUCCGUCAGAACAAGCCCAGGGCCACCAUUCUGGGAUCAGGGGUUUUGGAAGAACCAGACCAGAGCCUAUCAAGUCCAGAAGAAGUGUUUCAUUCCGGACACUCACGAAAUUCAAGCUACGCCAGCCAGCAGUCCAAAAUCUCUGGAUACAGCACCGAGCACUCCCGAUCCUCCAGCCUGUCGGACCUGACCCACCGCCGGAACACAUCAACCAGUAGCAGCGCCUCCGGAGGUCUCAGCAUGACGGUCGAAUGCCCGGAAGGCGAACGGGAGCACAGACUAGAGAAGCCGCCGAGACCCCCCAGGCCAAACCUUUUGUCGGACAGAUCUUCUCGAAGGAAAAAGGAUUCUGUAGAAAGCCAUCCCACCUGGGUGGACGACACCCGGAUCGAUGCAGGUGACAUUGUGGAGAAGAUCAUGCAAAGCCAAGAUUUCACCAACGUCAGCAACACUGAAGAUAGUAACCUGAGGCUGUUUGUGAGCCGAGAUGGCACAACUACCUUAAGCGGGAUUCAGCUAGCAAACAGAGUCUCGUCUGGAGUUUACGAGCCAGUGGUCAUCGAAACCCAUUAAAUGUGAACUAGAUGGGUCCCCCGGAUGGAAACCUGUCUCAGCAGUUAGAGUGGGUGGUCCUUUCCUCCCCCACCCCACCCCGUUCUUCUUUCUUCCUUCCUUCCUUUUUAAUCUUCUCUGCACAUAACAUUCCGGGCAGAACGUCUCAAAUUUUUUUUUGAAUCCAAGCACUCCUCACCUGCCCAGAGGUACUUCAUAAACAGGCACUUUAUGUGGGAUCUGGGAAGGUAACGUCGACGAUAUUCAGAAGGACGGGAUCGACUGUCCCGCCCACAUGCAACAGCUCCCUUGGAGGGACAGCAACUCAGGACGGCUCUUGUGCCGAGCACCACCGUUCGGCAAGCGUGGUUUGACCAAUCCUUUCUCCGCCACCUAGUUUACACCACUGUGAACACUUCCUUCCCGCUCUCCCGUCCAAGAAUGUCUCAAAUUGGAAACGUUGCUUAGUCAUGACCGUCAUGAAGAUUCAACAGUUGGUUCAUCUGCAUCUCCUUUCUUGCAUUUAUCCCUCCAAGGGCUGAUACCCAAGGAACCAAGGCCCAGCUACGUCACCGCUACGAGAACUGGAAGUCCUCCCCACAUUCUGUCUUUCAUAGGAAACCGCUCGUGUGCGGUUUUGGUCUUCUCAGAACCUUCUUUCGAGCAUCCGUGAGCCAUGGAAAGCUUUGCAGAUGCUGAGUGCAGUUCAGGUUCUAGCUUGAAGUCCUCCUUCUCCUGCAGGACAAGGAAGAGGGAUGACCUUGGCCAGCUAUCAUGCAUGGCGAGUCUUGAAGAACCUCAAAUGUGCCCAGCUUUUGGUUUUCCUCAAUGGGAACUGCUCUUGACUUUUUCAUUUUUUUUAAAAAAAAAAGAACAGUUGUUUUGGGUAGCGCACACACACACUGCUGCCAGGUGAGGGGUGGAGAAGCUCCAAGUUCUGUUUUCGUUUGGUAGUACAAUAGAAAAAUAUUCCGUAUCAGUUCAAACAUCAUUGCCUUCUAGACGCAAAACACAUUGGGUUAGGAUUCUCCUCCUCCAGUUGGGGGUUUGAUUUCAAACAAAAGCAUUGAGAAGGUAGCCAGGGCCUCCUUCCCUCCCGUCCAAACAUGGUGGAGAAGGUUCCAUCCCAACAUGCCAAAACGUUCUCCGGUCACUUGCUUUCCCAUAGAGCGUGUGGAGUCUGCGUUGAAUCUAAACUCCAUAAAGCGAUGAAAUGAGGAGGGUAGCAUCAGCGAUCAUCACUCCAACUGUUAAACGUCCUCAACUGAGUUCUUCCACGUUUUGGAAGCUGGGGGGGAGGGGGAGGGGAGGAACUUCCUGGAUUUGUCUUUCCAUCAGAUGGAUUCUUUUAUUGCCCUCUCCGUCUAGACGUUGAGAUUCGAGUAGGAAACACUGCAAGUUUUAGGGCUCGGUGUAGAAGCUGUGAAGCUGGUCUUCCCCAUGUUGCAUUCUUACGUUGGUCUUCUGCAAGCUACAUUUAGAAGACCUGUGCAGUUUCAUCCUACGCAUAGGGUGUCCCGUCCCGUCCCCCACCCUUUCACUUGUUGCUUUUGAGGGUGGGGGAGAAAGACUCAGGUUUUCCCCAUUUCAAGAAAGUAGCUUGGCCUUGAUACAGGCAUGAAUUGAGCGCAUACACAAAUUUCACAUGGUUUAGCAAUGGCUUGGGGCUUGCCCACAUGCCUUUAGACCACUGACUCUCCUAAACAAGAGUGGGCCAGUGGAAUUCAGAACAGGGUCAGGAAUUGGGGAGAAGGACACAUGGACAUCACAGGCCAGGCCUGUGGUCCCUUGAGUGGUAGCAAGGGAGCCAUCAAUGAUGAGGAUCUGCCAGAACCACUGACCAGAGCGUUCCUCCCCUCUCUCAGCUGAGCUAGCCAAAGGUUGUAUGAGUUGAAGACUCCAACCCAGCUCGAGGCCACUGCGUCGAACAGAUCAAGAGAGCCUCAAACCCACCCUGACCGUCCCAGACUGACCCUGAUCUUCAGCGAAAAGGAGAAACUUGGGAACGGUCUCGAAUCUCCAGGACGGACCUGGAAAAGCUUCAUCCGGAAGUUGGUGGCCUUGUGAAAUCCUGGCCGCUGCCAUGUCAGAAGAGGUCCUCUGGAGACCACGAUUCACAUGCAUGUUUGCUAAGAAGGACCUGUUGAAUUGGAAGAAGCCCCAACCUUCUUGAGAUAUCUCUGCUGGUCUCCAGGGGCCUGUCCCACCACAAAUGGGUGAAGCAGUAGAGCUUGAUAUAUGUUUCAUUGUUAUUCCUGGUGGUCAAAUUCUGCUGUUUUUAAGAUAUUGGUCACACCUAGCCAAGCGCUAUCCGGGACAGUUAACCUAGAGGUACUAUUUGGAAAAGGGUUGCUUUUUAAUUUGACCUUCUUACAUCACGGUUUAACUUUCUUUCUCCUCCCCUUUGAUUUUUUUUUUUUUGAAAUAUAUUGAUUUUUUGUUGUUGAUUUAACCCAGCAGGCUGGUGUAUCGUUGCGAAUUUUGGAGGGAGGGGUGGGUGGGUUUAAAUCAUUGUUUCAUUGCUUACAUAAGUAUGCGUCGGGCUGUUGUUUUAUAAUUAUGACUAACUUGAGCAGGGCGGGGAGAAAGCAACAAAAGAAUUCUCACUCGUUGCGUUCCUUCAACAUUUUUUGAGGGGUGAGGGUUUCAGCGCUCGCCCAUCCAAACGGGCAUCAAAGAACCAAGUUUUGACGAAACAUCAGAACGGCACACACACACACCCCAACCCGAGCCGUGAAGCCAGCCUGGAAGAGAGCACAGCUGGAUUGUGUACUCCUUCCACGCACGGUGCCGAAUCCAUAGACUUGUUUUGGGCUUGGUUGGUUCUGCAGCAAGGAGUUGGGAGGGGGGGGGAAAUAAUUCCUCUUGAGCAGAAGUUCUCGAGAGAAGAAAUGAGCUGUUUCUGGAGGGGUGAGGAAACACACACACACACACACCCUCCAAUUUUGCAAAACGGCAAUGAGGCCGUGAGAAUAAUUCAUUCGAUUUUUUUUUUUGCAAAAUGGCAACAAGACCCUCCCAUUUUGCAAAAUGGCAAGGAGGCCGUGAGAGCAAUUCAUGUCCAAUGAAGAAUUUUUUACAACGUUAAAAAAUAUUGCAGAGAAAGCAUCGUCCUAUCUUGGUGCAAAACUAGCACGCUUCUCAGUUUUCCCCCAGCGCCGGCUUCUAACCUCUUCAGAAAAUUAAUCCCCUUUUUUUUUUUUUAAUUAACACUUUUUUUAAAAAAAAAAUAGUUUGGGUCUCUACGGUGACCCGCUCCCAAAUGGCUUGCUUACUACUAGUAGUUUUUUAUUAUUAUUAUGCUUCCUUCUGCAGUUAAAUCUUCCCCUUUGGAAAAAAUAAAAUAAAAGUUUUAAAAGGAAAGAAAAAAAAAACUUGAUCGAGGCAGCUGGGCUGUGCUCAGGUUGUGAACCUCUGGAAGGUGAUCUCCUCCCAUCCCGCUAAGGUACGGAUCAGGACGCCCCCUCCUGGAGGGGGGGAUCCACUCGGAGAGCAGAUCUCUCCAUCAUGUGUGACCUCAGGAGCUGUUAGCAGAAAACGCCAUUUCCCUGUAAGCAACCUCUCCUUUUGGCUCUGUAGACCGGAGCUGGUCUCUUAGAGGCACAGUAAUUUCUCUUGACACCCAAACUUCGUGGCUGUCCAGUUUUCCCCCCUCAAAACAAAAAAUAAUAAUCUGAUUUUUCCCACCUAAGCCAACUUCAAAGCUGCAUGACCUUCCCUCUUCCCUCGCCAGCUUCUAAGGACAAAAGUUCCUUUUGCUCCCAAAAAUAUCAAACGAACUCGGAAUGUAAAAGUAUAAACUCGAAUAAAUUCUUCACCCGUGCUUUAAGAAAGGACGUUUUCCUUAAGUUUGCUGUUGCUUUUUAAGCCCAUAUUUUUAAGGGGGUUGUUAAGAAAAGAGAGAAGAGAGAUCGCGUUUUAUUUUCUUGGAAAGCGAACGAAACUUUUUAGAGAUUUUGAAUUUAUAUUCAGAUAUUUCUAUAAGCAGGAAAGAUAUUUUUGGAAGAGAGAGGAUAAAAACAAAAACGAGGACUAUGCAAAAUUUAAGGUAGAGAAUUGCCGGAAGAGAUAGUUUUGAUGUGUUCUGAACUCUGAAAUCGGGAAAGUAGAUUAAAACUCAAAUCCUUAAAAAGCAUUUAUAGAAAAGAUUUUUUUUUUAAUUUUUUCCUUCCACCUACCCCUGUUGCUCCAUUUCCAAAUAUAUUUUUCGAAAAGUAUUGGGCCCGGAGAAGACUCGGUCAUAGAACUUGCAUAUUCCCCUGUUUUAACUUGUUGUUCUAGUAUUUAUCAUUUUUUGUAUUGAAUGCUGUGCUGUCUUUGAUCCAAACAGUCUUUGUUUUGUAGUCUCUGUUACCUGGUAGAAAAGCCACAGUUAUAAAAAGAAGAAAAAUCACUAUAAAAUCAAAUGUCGUAAUGGUUUUGUGGGGGGGCGGAAAUAAAGAUUGGGUUUUCUUUGGUACAUCACAAUGAGCGUCUGGGCUGU